CGUUCUAUCGACAAAUAUUGAUCUUCAAGAACCAAAACAGCAUAAGCUCCAAUGGCAACGACUAGCUCUAGUAGCAGCACUUCGUUGUAUCCUCCUGUCCAGCAACCGCAACAGACAUUAGUAGGCAAUGAGAUCGAACCUACGGCGACAAAUGCUAAUCUGGUGGCCGCACCAAACGGUCCAAACCACUACUCGUCCGGCUCCAUUGGACCCUUCUUCGCUGUCAUCUCUGUUCUCGUCGUUCUUGCAGUUCUCUCCUGCUUCUUGGGCCGGAUAUGCGCACGGCGAAGACGUCAGAGAAGUGGUGUAGUGGCUGAAGUCAAUCCGUUGGAGAUGAUAAAGAGUCGUGGGCUAUUAGGGUGGCUGAGACGGAAAUGGACACGGUGCUUGACCGGAGACGUGGAGGCUGGAGCUAAAGUUACUGACUGCACCGGCAAAGAAACACCUAAAGAUGGUGAUCAUACUCGUCUAGAAGCUCCUCCAGCUUGAGCUUCGAUUCAAGAUAUGUGUGAUUGAGAGAGAAAAGUAAUAAACAUUUUUAGAAGCGUUUCAACUAGAAUGUAAGCAAAUUUUAUCAUAUACGAAUGUUGUU